CUCUGCUCGCCAUGGUCCUUUUAACCGCUCAAAUCCUAGUACUCCUGGGGAUCACUAUUUCACAGUGUACUGGUAAGGCUAUACUAAUUAGCCGCUCGAGACGUUUCGCUACAAAUCCGUUGGACGCUUUAAAAAGUUAUGCUUGCGAACGUCUGUCGGGGAGCAGACUGUUUAUGCUCUAUGACAGGAUAAACAAUCUACGGCUUAAACGCUCACCUCCAGACAGCGAUCUGAACGGGGGACACGAUACCGACCUCAGAAACAAAACCAAUGGCCGUGACGUUGAAGACGAUGGCAUUAGAACAGUUCACAAUAUAACAGCAUCCAAAAUUAUGCCAUCUACAACACACAGUAAACGCGCAAACCACAAUCAAGUCUUGAAUGCUCCUCAGAACCUAACCACUACCAAAAGACCCUGGAAUACGCAGGUGGUGGCGUUCCCGCCGUUAGGACCGGUUCAACCGACCAUAAACAUAAUACCCACUGUGCAGGUGGGCAUUGUACCUACUGGACAUCGGGUCUCGUUGUUUGUCGGAUAUUAUAAACCAAAUCAUGCAUCAGAAGGCGGUGAUGAUAAGGAAGGAAAACGAGUCGACAUUUUUCUACCGAGAAUUACCACGAGUUUUGCUGCGUACUUUCCACAGUACGUUGGCUAUUAUUAUCCUUGGUAUACGUAUGGAACCGAAUUCAAUUUUCCUUUCUACAGCUCGUUUAAAGGAUACCCUCAGGAGGUCAUAAGGGGCGUUCGUCGUACAGCUUCCCAAAUACUUGAGUUUCUCAGUCGACGACUUGCAAGUAGUUCGGGAAAAUAUAUGGGAACGUUCUGACCGCGCCACACCUGGGCAGGAUAAGACAUCUGCCAGACAGCGUGAAAAUAGCGUUGGACAGCCGGGCAAGAAAGAUGCUCAAGAACGGGACAAAAAGUUGCAACCACAAAAGCUUCCAAAAGUCCGCAAAGAAAAUUAGACACUGAGCCAUAACGAAGACAAGGCUAACUUGAUAAAUUUAUGUUGUACAUAAUUUACGCAAUCAGCCUACAAACGAACUGCAUUAAGAGUAACGCUCAAUCAAAGCAACCGAAACAUGAUAGUAGUUAAUUUUAUUGCUAAACACACUUUGUGCAUGUAAAUAUUCUAGUUAUGGCAGAUUUAAGAGGCUCAUUUCCUUGUUAAGCUCUUGUCACAGUACUAAUUGUAAUAACCGUUAGGAAAGACAAGGAAAAAAACGCAACUAUAAUAGCUUUAUUUCAAAUAAAAAAAAGUUUGAAAAAAGAACGUCCUUUAUUCGGAUAAUCAGGCCCAAAUUAUCGGCGACUUUUCUGUCUGGCGGGAUAUGA